UUCGUAGACAACAUGGCCGCGGCCGGGCCGGGGCCCGCUCCAACCGGGUCGCGGCUGCGGCUGCUGCUGCUGUUGCCGUUGCUGCUGCCGCCGCCGCCGCCGGUCUGUGCGGCGGGAAAGGCCGGCCGCGCCGCGGGGUCGUGCGGCUGCGGCUCUCCCCGGCGGGCCGAGGAGCCGGCCGCCUACAGAUACUCCCGGGAAGCCAACGCGGCCGGCCCGGACGGCGCCGACGGGCCCAGCGGCCCCGCGCAGUUGCAGAUGGCCCCCAUUCCUGCUGGAGUAUUUACAAUGGGUACAGAUGAUCCUCAAAUACAACAGGAUGGUGAAGGACCGGCCAGAAGAGUCAACAUGCAUGCCUUUUACAUGGAUCUGUAUGAAGUUAGUAAUGCGGAGUUCGAGAAGUUUGUGAAUUCUACGGGCUAUGUUACAGAGGCAGAGAAAUUUGGAGACUCUUUUGUCUUUGAAAGCAUGUUGAGCGAACAAGUGAAGACUGGAAUUCAUCAGGCUGUUGCAGCUGCUCCCUGGUGGCUACCCGUUAAAGGAGCUAAUUGGAGACAUCCAGAAGGUCCUGAUUCUACUAUUUUGAACAGACCAGAUCACCCAGUUCUCCAUGUGUCCUGGAAUGACGCUGUAGCAUAUUGCACCUGGGCAGGAAAACGCCUACCCACCGAAGCCGAAUGGGAAUAUAGUUGCAGAGGAGGCCUUGAAAAUAGACUUUUCCCCUGGGGCAAUAAACUGCAGCCUAAAGGUCAACAUUAUGCCAACAUUUGGCAGGGAGAGUUCCCCGUGAGCAACACUGGAGAAGAUGGAUACAAAGGAACUGCGCCUGUUACUGCCUUUCCUCCGAAUGGGUACGGUCUGUACAACAUAGUGGGAAAUGCCUGGGAAUGGACUUCGGACUGGUGGGCUGUUAAUCAUUCCACACAUGAAAGCCAGGACCCAGCAGGGCCAUCUUCGGGGAGUGAUCGAGUGAAGAAAGGUGGAUCGUACAUGUGCCAUAAGUCCUACUGCUACAGGUACCGCUGUGCAGCCCGCAGCCAGAACACACCCGACAGCUCAGCUUCCAACCUGGGAUUCCGUUGUGCUGCCGACCGCCUGCCCGAGUCUGGAUGAGAGCUUCCCCUUGUGGUGGCAACAGAGGAGUGUCUGGAGGCCGACCGGCAAGAGCGAUGUGGUGCUUUGCCGGAAUUCUGGCUUCCCACCAAAAAACUUGAAAGCCACCAGGUUUCUUGUGAAACAGGAUGCCAAAUAGGAUGGGAAUUUAGGCUACUGAGAAUUUGCCGGCUAAAGCAAACCCAGUGGCUGAUGUGGAGAUGUUUGUCGAUUGUGUGUUUUGUCUUGUAACAUUUUUGGACGUGAUUAUGAUUUCUAUUUUGGAGACUUCUUUUAAAAAUGAACUCUCUCCAGUCCUCAACAAGGAAACAGAUUAUUUUUAAGCUGAAAUGUUUUAACAUAAAUGAAACGUGGAGGAUGUUUAUCAUGUAAAUAAGAGUCGCCUCUGGUUGCACCCCCCAGUAGCGAGAGGGGAAAAUGGGAUUUUAUAUUCACGUAGCACUUUUCCAAGAAAAUGAAAGUCCAGUACACUCUACUGAUGAAUCCAGGGUGGCACAGUGUAUCAGCGUUCUCUAAACCUUGAAUUUACAGAAAUAACUGUGGACUCAUUCUGCAGUGCUUUAUUUUUUAAACAUUAAGUGCCUAGAAUGCAGAGAGGCAAUUAUAGAAAAUGACCCUCUACUUUUGAGAAUAUGUGAAAUUGAGGUGUGCGGUAAAACCUCGUUAUUUUGAAAUGAACUAGGAAAAAAACCCUUUGAAUAAACUAGAUUUGAAUGAUCUGCUAUUUUUAUUAAAGAAAAUAGGGCAUCCAAAUGGUCGAGCUGGAGCAGUUGUUUCAAAUUAGACUCCCUUUUGACCUAAUGAGGACUUUACCAUUAUCAAUUCCUGUAUUCACUUCUGUUUUGUUGACUUCUAAAGAAAAGCUUCUUUCAAUUUCAUUCUUUGGCUAGAAGGUCUUUGUGUUGGAAAUUAGCUCACGCAUAUCUAUUAGCUUCAGUAUUUAAAUGGUUUAAUGAGAUUUAUUUCCCCAAGAGGCAGGUCUACCCACCAUGAAUUAUUCCUCAUUCCACUAUCACCUUUUGAUUUGAUUCCAAGCCUGCUUUGAGUCUGAACCCUUCCAUUCCAUUUUUGAGGGGAAAAGAAACUCCGUUCAUCUUGUUUGACCUUGGGCAGCUUGGACCGAGGUGGGUGGUCUCUCAGUCGUAUUUACUGAGCACUUACUCUGUGCAGAGCAUCGUUCUAAGGGCUUGGGAGAGUACAGUAUAACAGACACAUUCCCUGCCCAUAAUGAGUUUACACUCUAAAAGGGGAGCUCCUCUGGUUCCAUCUGUCUGCCUGCAAAGGUCUCGCUGCAUCCUGCCUCACUCGCGGGAUUUUUGUUCCUUAAUUUAAAAUCAGAUGGUGAAAUAAAAACUGGGUGAUGAUCGGGCCUAAGUCAAUCAAUCAAUCAGGUGUAUUUAUUGAGCGCUUACUGCAUGCAGAGCACUGUGUACUAAGUGCUUGGGAGAAUCCAUAUGACAGAGUUGGUAAACACGUUUCCUGCCCACAACGAGCUCACAGUCUCAGUGUGUUGGUUUGGUCGGGGGGAGAAAUGUGCAUCUACUGUCUAUUUUCUUGGGAGAGGUUUUAAUGGAAAAUCUUUGAAUAAAUAUUAAAUGGCAAAAUGUAAGGAUACUAAA